GUUACAGCGCCCUCUCGUUGAUUUUAUAAGUAUGAAGUCUAGACUUUUUGAACAUCUCAUAUUUUCCUUUUAGAGUGAAGACUGGCGAAAAUAUUUCAAACUCAACAAAACGAUUACUUGUAACAAACGCCAAAAUAGGUUGAUCCAGAGAUUUGCCUACAGGAUAAUAGAUGAUGUUUCCUUCCUUACCUUACAGUCGUGCUGAUGUCCACAUGGUUGGCGGACAAUUCAUCAUCCCUUCAAUUCCUGGUAGAACACUUCAACCACCGCAAGCUCACUCCUCUCAUGUCAACAGACAGCAGCAGACCACGCCGACUUCCGGUGAUCGCCAGUCUCUGAGUUCCACUCUGUCCUCACCUUCGUUACGGACAUUGAAUCCGAGUUCAACCGAGGCGUCUACUUCCCAGAGUCUAGCACUAGCUACCAUGCCGGGUAUACACCGGAUGCCGGUCCCGAGCACGUUCUUCCAGUAUCCCGGGGCGUUUUACCCGACUUUUCAGGGCGGGAAUGCAGGUGACUUUAAACAGUUUAGUGUGGCCCAACUACAAGCUUUCAAUGCUCACGCUGCAUUCCCGGCAGAUCUUUCAAAAGUGAAAACACCCAUUAUUAAUAGAAACUAUCUCGAGCUUGCUAUGCUUGUCUGUAACACUUUUCGCGGGAAACUUUUUCCGUGUCCACAUUGCCGAUACGUCACGGAUCGACGUAACAACCUGAAAAGACACAUUUCUACCAUGCACCAAACGUGCGACAAAGUGCUGGAGUGUUGUGGUGUUACGUUCGGAACCAAGGCGUCAUUGAGGGAACACAUUAUGAUUUUUCAUCACAAUGGUUACUCCUGUCCCUACUGUGGACGAAGGUUUUGUCGUAAAGCAUUACUAAAGCGCCAUCUGUCUGUUCACAGUGGCCAGAAAGAUUUUUCCUGUCCCCACUGUGAUUACGCUACAAGUCAUAAGAGUAAUCUGGAGCGACAUAAACGUAUCCACGAACGACUGAGGUCUUUGGACGAAAAUAAGACUUCACUCAUUGACGAAGAAACACUGUGUGGGCAGAUGACAGCUUCUUCUGCGUCAUCCAAAGCCCAGGAUACCGAACCCGAUGAGAAGUUGCAAUUGUUUCAACACACUAUUGAUAUCGAGGAUUCAGAAAUCUCGGACAAUGAGGAAAUAAAUGUAACCUCAACAGAAGAUGAUAUAGAGGUUUAAACUAUUGAAUGUUUCGUGAAGACCAAUUUACAAUGUUUUUUUUUAAAAAAUGAAUCACACUUUUUAGCACAAAUGUAUCACAUAGGUAAUAUUUUUCACAGAGUAAUAAUUUGCAAGACUCAAUGUCUAAGUAUAGAUAAAGAUAUUAAAAACUUAAAAUGACAUCCGUUUUGUUUAAAUGUUUUGACAAUAA